UUCGUGUGGCCGCGGGAGAAAUUGUCUGUUUCUUUUUAAUGUGAUAUAUAAGUACAUGGAAGGGGAAGUCCCUGUGCAUGCAUGGAUGUGUGUGAUUCAUAUUUUGUUAUCAGCGUGACGUGACAAGUGCCAUUAGUGCAAGUGCAACGUGUGUGUAUAACUUGUCCACCCUAACCUAGUACUGUUUCCUCUUGAGGAUAAUAUAAUCGGUAAGGCAAGUGUGCAAAACCAAAUAAAAAUGUUUAAAAAGUGUUUGGAAGAGGGUGUUUUCCUUAAUCAAUUAGGAUACCAUUGUACCUUGUGCAAUUUCGAGACCUGUCGGCCAAGCUAUGAAAUGAUAGAACAGCACUUCAAGAGCAAGAGCCACCAAGAUAUGUUGGAUAAACAUCGCGUCCUUCUGACGCAACAGAAUAGAAACUCGGUUUGUGAUACAAUGAAUACAAUGCAACGCAAAUUGUUAGUUAACAAUCGUGUCACGUUCAGCAAUACCGUUAACAGAGAUUUCACUUUUACGUGUCAUGCGUGCAACUGUGCUGUAUAUGGUAUGAUGAAUCUACUAAGCCAUAUUGAGGGGAAGAAGCAUAAACGUGCAUUAAAAGAUAAAGUAAAUCUUGGGACUGAGGAAAAUGCGGCAACUAAUCAACAGAAGGUAGCAAGUGAGUGUUUUACUUUUUCUCAGAAGAAGGCUUUUUGCAAAAUUUGCUGCUACUACAUGUCAUCUUCGAAAACUAAUGAGCAUGCUCUAUCUCGUUUGCAUAAGCAUCAAGUUAUGACAAAAGAAUCUAAUCAUUUGAGUAAUAAUUUAAUGGAAGUUGAUAGUAACUAUUAUACCCAUGCUGCUCAAAGCACAAGUAAAAAGAGUUCCACUGCAAAAACUUGGAAUUCUUUAGUAAACAAGCCAGUACAGACUCCUACACAGGAUAUUUUCAAAGAAAAUCACACUGUAACUCACGUUAAUCAGUGGAACCUUAAUAAACAGUUGGAUAAUCUAAUAAAGUCAGAACCCAAGAAAUUAACCAGCAAUUCUUUAGUAAACAACACUUCUACAGACGAUGCUUUUGAAGAAAAUCACUCUGCAACUCAAGUAUCUCAAUCAAACCUUAAUAAGAUGUUGAGUAAUCUAGGAAAGUCAGGCUCCAAGAAAUCAGCCAAAGAUUCUUUAGUAAACAUGAAGCCAGUGCAUAUGCCUACAAAGGAUGUUUUAAUAAAAAAUCACACUGGAAGUCAAGUAACUCAAUUGGGCCUUAAUAAAAUGUUGAAUAAUCUAAUGAAAUCAGAUUUGAACAAAUUAACACACAAGGCACGUCCACAUUCAUCCAAAUUUAUAAUGUCAAAAUCAUUUCAAGAAAAACAAGUUUUUACUAAAAACAAUUUACUAUUUGGUAAUCAGUACAUCGAACUUUGUAUUGAACCUGGGCCUAACAAUAUGUACAACCUAAAUUCCAACAAAAUUUUCUUGCUCAAGCUAGGAGUCAGUUUGAUGUUUCCUUUGAAACCACCUGAAACAUUAUGCUUCCCAUGCAAUAAGAUACUUCCCAUUGCCAAGAAUCUUAUAUAUGAACAUCUGCAUGACUCUGAACACAUUAAAAACAUCAGAACGAUGGUGGACAAUGAUAAAACCUUUGUUGAUUUUCCUGAACAAUUCAGUGAUCUUAAAUUAGCUAAGCAGUACAUGUUUCAAAAGUGUGAUGAAUUUAUCCACUGUUAUGCUUGUGAAACGAAUAUCAAAGAUGACACCACCACUAUUAAUUUGCACAUUAAAAUGGCAGGCCACGUCGAGAAGGCUCAAGAUUGGAAAAAUUCUGCAAAACAGCUAUCAGACGAAAUUUACAACCUGCUUGAAAAUGUUUGGUACUAUUCACAGAAGUUUUUAUGCUUGGUAUGUGACACAAAGUACAAUUAUGAGAUGGAUUUCGUCGCACAUUUGCAAAUGGCAGUUCAUCUAUCCAAAGUGUAUAAAUUGAGUCAAAAAAAUGUGACUUUGAAAUUUGACUUCUGUCCUGUCUGUAUAACUUUCUGGUUUGGUAAAACCGAUGCAUACAAAGUACAUUGCGAAAGUUUGUAUCACAGACGUUUUACAGACAACGGUGAUUUCACAGAGUCUAAAAUGUCAUGUAAAACCAUCGAUCUAUUGGAAAAUGCAGAAAUGAAAGUCGAUAAUUUGAUAAAGAGGUCUGAUGAGACUAUUUUUGAAAAAGGCAGUGAGCUUGAGUUGCUGAAAGAUAUCGAGAAUACAGUCAAGUUCAUAUACCCCCAUGCAACUGCUUACACUUUUGGAUCAAGAAUAUCCAACUUGGGUUUUCCAACCAGUGAUGUAGACGUUUUUUUAGACUGCCAAAAUAAGUAUCAUGAAAUUUCAAGUCAAACAGCAGCUCAAAAAAUAUUGUUAACGAUUGAGACAGUUUUUGAAGAUUAUCCAAAUAUUUGGAUCAUUGAUGAAGUUUUAUUGGAUACCCGAGUACCUAUUUUAAAACUGCGACACAUACCUGCCAGCUUGAAAUGUGAUAUAUCUGUUACCAAUGGUCUUGGUGUUGAAAAAUCCACACUUGUCGGGAAGUAUAACCAAGCUUAUCCCAUCUGUCGUCAGCUAAUCCUGUAUUUAAAGGAAUGGCUAACUAGCUGCAAACUAGCUGGAUCUGAAUGUAUCACAACAUUUGCCAUCUGUUGGUUUGUUAUUUUUUAUUUGCAAACCAAAAAAAUUUUACCAAGUGUACGGAAAUUAAUUGAUCUGAAGAAUCGUUCUAACGUCGUCGAUGGAUGGGAGUGUGGUUUUCCUGAAUCAGUAGACGUUACUCCUUCAAACUCAAGUUUCAAGGAUCAUCUCAAAGGUUUUUUCUCGUUCUAUGCAAAUUACGAUUACAGAACAAGCAUUUUAUGCCCAUACAUAGGUAAAUCAAUGAAAAAAAGCACCUUUGCGCGUCCUGAGUCGUUGCCGACAGAAUUUGCUUUGUACAAACAACGUUUGAAAUCAGACGAACUCUCGAUCUUUCGUUUUGAUUCACCCAUGUGUAUUCAGGACCCAUUAGAUUUGUCACAAAACAUAACAAAAGCUGUAAAAAAGUCACAGGUGCGUUGUUUCAAACAGUAUUGUGCGGAAAGUUACAACUUAAUUAAACAAUCAUAGACAUUUUGGUGAGAUUUGUGCAACUUGUCAGUAUAAUAGAGAUUUAAGUAAACUUCAAAAAUUGUUACAAAAUAUAUAAGCAGCUUAUCAAUCGUUGUAUGAUUAAAAAAAUUAUUUUA